CACAGUUGGGUUUAACCGCUUGGCCGGUUAUAAUGUUGCCUAAAGUAUCUCUGCUCUUGCUGAGCACCUGCGUGCUACUAUGUGCCUUUGCGAGUGGCCACCAGGAGCUGGAGAAUCUGCUGGCGCAGCAGCAGAAGGAUUGGCAGCUCAGCAGCACUGAGCUCGAGGUGCUGCGUCCUCUGUACCGAGAAUUCCAAGUCCAAUACGACUAUCUGUACAGUUUGAAGCUACAGCAAGGGGAUGGCAGUGCUCAGAGAGAUGGGUUGGCCGAGCCCCAGGUGGAUGCCACCUACCGCCAGGCAUUCGAUGAGCUUCGCAGUCAGUUCGCGGCCCAUGUGGAUGAGCCGCCGAGGACUGUCUACGACACCUCACUGCCCACGGUGGCGGAGCUGAUGGGAGAACCCAGUCCGGACAUGACCAAAGAGCAGCUAGCGGAGUUUGAGGAUCUGCGAGACAUUAUGCAGGAUGUGAUCGACGAGGCCCAGGAGGGCGUCGAUGAUCUGGUGAGGCGCGCCAUCGAUCUGGAGGACAUUCUGUUGAGCAUUAACAAGCCAAAGGUCGUCACGGCUGCGAUUGCAGGCCUCUCAUUCAUGUCCAAGUACUGGGGCAUGGUAGAGAUGGCCGCGUACUGCGGCUACUCGCAUGUGCCGCAGUUCCAGGAGGCCCUGCAGGCCAUCAACGAUGGCGUCGACUGCUACACCUACACCACGGGCCUGGUGCUGCGCAUUCAGCACGAGACGGUGGCCUCCGUGCAGGAUAUUCGCAAGAGCAUCCGUGGCCUGGUGAAGAUCUACAAGAAGGUGGCCGCCAAGCAGACGACCAUGGGCAGGAUCCUCUCGGCCACCAUCAACGCUCUGAGUGCCAUUCGUCGUGUCCACGACAUCAUCGCCGUUGGCAUCGAGGGCUAUGGCAAGCUGAACAACGAGCUGCCCGGCGCAGCCCUCAAGUCAGCCCAGUGUGGCGUGGAGUUUUACAAUAGCAUUCCACAGAUGGUCGAGACGACGCUGAACCUGACCACGUGCAUCGUACACAUGGAUACGGGCAAGCCGAGCUACGAGUUUACUCUGCCAGAGGAGGAUCGCUAUUGGAACAUCGGCGGCGAACCACCAGAAAUUCCCUACGAGAAGGAUGCUGAUGAGGACAAUGACGAUGAUGAUGAAGGUGUGGACAAUGCGGAUGACUAUGUGGAUCACAGAUAGUGGGCAGGUUCGGGCGAUAAGCCAAUUAUGGCUAAUCGGCAUUCAACUUGAGAUUGAUAAACGAUCGCAAACGAUCGAUUUGAUUAAAAUUUAGUGCGAAAUGUA